CGGGGGGAUCAGCAGAGGUUAUAAAAUGCCAGCCCUCAUAGCCGUUCGCUGCUUCCCGAAAUAAUCAACAUCCGUUCAACAAAGGCAUCGAAACGGCGUCAAGGCUGGACUAACACGGACAAUAACGGGGAAUCCCGUUUUAUAAAUGAGCACUUAACCAUCCAACAAACAUCUAUGUCAAGACUGCCAACGGACCACAUCUAGCCGCCGUGUCUUCUGUCUCGCAUUGGACCACAGUGACAGUGCAUACCUAAUCUAAAUCCGAGUAUCGGCUAAGUUAACCAAGACCGACGUCCAAAAUGGUUCAGAAUAAGAAUAACACCCCAGAAGUCACUGGCUUCCACCGCUCUUUUAAUGUCCAAAACCCGUUAAAUUCUGAAGAUUAUACCAAAACAGACUCCAGUCUCCACGAGUCAAACUUACAUUUAGAUUGUCCCCCAAGACCUGACAUGCCAGCCAGCCAGCCGAUUAACAUCCCAGAUGCCAAGAAGAGGACCAAGAAGAAGAAGAGAUGCAGGGCCACCGACAGCUUCACAGGACGAUUCCAAGAUGUAUAUGUGCUGCAGACGGAGGUGCUGGGCGAGGGGGCCUAUGCAGUCGUCCAGACCUGCAUCAACCUCAUCACCCAGAAGGAAUAUGCUGUCAAGAUCGUCGAGAAGCGUGCGGGUCUCAGUCGGAGCCGAGUCUUCAGGGAAGUGGAGAUGCUCUAUCAGUGCCAGGGACACAGAAACAUUCUGGAGCUGGUCGAGUUCUUUGAGGAAGAAAACAAAUUCUACUUGGUUUUUGAGAAACUAAGAGGAGGGUCAGUGUUGACCCACAUCCACCGUAGACAACACUUUAGUGAGCAGGAGGCCAGUUAUGUGGUGCAGGACAUCGCCAGUGCUCUAAACUACCUCCACAACAAGGGAAUGGCACACAGGGACCUGAAGCCUGAAAACAUCCUGUGUGAGCACGUGGACCGGAUGUCACCGGUGAAGAUCUGUGAUUUUGACCUGGGCAGUGGCAUCCGGCUGAACAGUGACAGCUCCCCUAUCUCUACUCCUGAACUCAUCACUCCGUGUGGUUCAGCAGAGUACAUGGCUCCGGAGGUGGUGGAGGCCUUCAGUGAGGAGGCUACGAUCUAUGAUAAGCGCUGUGACCUGUGGAGUCUGGGGGUCAUCCUGUACAUUAUGCUGAGUGGGUACCCUCCCUUCGUAGGGCGCUGUGGCACCAACUGUGGCUGGGACUGGGGAGAGCCCUGCCAGGAAUGCCAGAACAUGCUGUUUGAGAGCAUCCAUGAGGGGAAGUACGAGUUCCCUGAGAAGGACUGGAAGCAGAUCUCCUCUGGAGCUAAAGACCUCAUCACCAGGCUUCUGGUCAGAGACGCCAAGAACCGCCUCAGUGCUGCUCAGGUCCUGCAGCACCCCUGGGUCCAAGGGUCUGCUCCCAACACCGUGCCCUCCAGGCUGAACCACAGAGGCAGCAGAGCCCAGGACCUGACCUUCUUCGCUGGCCAGGCUGUGGCCGUCACCCGCCAGCUAGCUGAGCAGGACGAGAGCGACCGUCAGGAGAGAGAGGACCGCAACGAAGAUUCUGAGGAAGAAGGGUCGUUGGGGUCCCUCUCUCUGUCCCCCUCGCCCCACCACAUGGCUACCAGCACCACUGCUAGCUGCAGCCUCAGCCCCCAGAGCUCCCUGCGCCCCCUCGCCCCCUUGUCCUCUCGGCUGGCCCGGCAAAAGAGGAGAGGGCCCCCCCACACAGGGCCAGUGUGUGCCUCGGAGCUCCGGCAGCUCCUUGCACCCCUGGUCAUCAUGGAGGACUGUGCCUGAUACCUCUAAUAACCGUUAAACUGACCGACCAACUGCAAACCUAACCUGAUAAUGCUCCUGAAAAUUCACUGCGCAUCUCCUCCUCCUCCCACCUCUUUUCCUCUCUACCCCCUCCCAUCAUCUUUCUCAUCACUAAGCCACACCUGCAAUACCUCAGUGGCUUGGAUGAUGAUGGGGAUGUGGUCUUCGCAGCACUUAAAGAAGCACAUUGACCCUAAUUUGAAGACUCUUCUACUCUUGGGGUAGGGGAGGGAGGGAUUUUGAAGAGUGGGUCAUCCCGCUCUGAAUUGAAAACUUCAUCAACCAGCUUCAUCAGAUAUACUAGAGGCCAAGUGGGUUCAAUGAGUUGGCCAGAUAACAAGUCGAAAUAGACAUGGAUUUUUAUUGUUAAUAUAUAAAAAAAAAAAAAGCUCAACCUGGAUAUGUUUUUUUUUGUUUGUUCAAUCAAUUCGACAUGCCGUUUUUCAAGUUUAUCUUUCUACAAAAUAAAACGUAUCAGAAUAUGUAGGCACGUUAGCUGGCUAACUCCUUUAUAGUAUACCCCUCAGGACCUUCCCUCUACUUCAGUCGACGAGGAUGGCCCAGCUGUCCAGCUAGCAGAGUGGCUCACUCAAACCCUUCCUGCUUGUUGUAGUGGGAGCUCAGGUGGCCUGAUAACCGGGCCCGGCCGAUAGGCUAGCUAACUCUUUACGAG